GAUAUAAUUCUGAUACGUGCAUUUUCGGCGAGAAAAUGUAGCCGAUAUUGGGCUUCCGAAUCAUGGUUCUGCUUGACAUAUGUGUUUAUUAGUACUGUCGAAAAUGACUAUAGAUUGGUAGUAUUUACCAAAAAAUUCGUUAUAUUUACUAAUUAUUUCUCUCAGUGCAGUCGUAUACUUAGAUCUCGAAAGCAGUAACAUUUUCGGUGAUUUUUUUAUUAAUUGCCGAUUAUUUAUACACAACAUACACAUCGACACUGAAAGCCUUCAAAACAUCAACUUCGUAACAUUAAAAUAAUGAAAGUUCCUUUGUUUCUAUGAACGUGGGGGUGUGAAUAUGGCACAUGGAAAUGUUACUUUUUUGUCUUUUUCGACGUGAUUUCACAAAUUUCCACUGCACGUUGUCACAUUAGCUUCAUAUUCUGCGGAAACUCUAAUUAAACGUACGUUUUUAAUUGAUAAAACACUUCCUGAAAAUAGCAUUUUUAUACGGAUGCGGUGGGCAAUCAAAUAUAAACACAACGACUGACGUUACUAUUUGACGAAUGAACUGUAAAAGUUUAAAGUCUAUAUAAUACAAGACUUUCCCUUCCUUACUAUUUGAGGAAAAGUUAUGGCAGAGCAUGCUAUGUCGCUUGAAAAACCACCAUCUUCAUUACCUUUAUUCCAGGACAUUGGGACAAACCGUGUACGAUCACCUCAAGCAAACAUAUCCAAUGUCGAUUAUUAAAGUCACACCUGAAUUGAAUCUUGACUUCCAGAAAAAACACAUUCGACAUGCCAAAUUUGCGCGCCUUUUUCAGCAGUUUGUCAAAUUUCAGUUUACUUUGAGUGUAUUUUCGUUUUGCUUGCGGCUGGCGCGCUAGUUUGUUGCUAUUAUUUCUUAUUUCCUGGUUGAUAUUCUAGUUUAUUACAAAACAGAUACCGUAAAGCAAGAUGUCGGAUAAUCCGAGUUCACCGCCUCCGAACACGCCUAGUGAUAUUGACCGACGGAAUUUUCGAUCUGGAAUGACUUCGCCUGUCGGCGAUUUCGAACCGUUCGAAAACGAGGAGGAGAUUCUGGGAGAUAUGACCAUUCGGGAGGAUAAUUACGACGAAGAUGAGGAUGGAGAGGAGCUUUUCGGGGAUAAUAUGGAAAACGAUUACCGUCCCGUUCCACAUCUCGAUCGGUAUGAUAUCGACAAUUUGGAUCAGGAAGAUUACAGCGAUAUCUCGCAAACAGACCGCGCCGCAGCUGAGGCUGAGAUGCGGCGUCGGGAUCGGGCCGCUGGUAUCCAUCGUGAUGACCGCGAAUUGUUCUAUGAAAAGGACGACGAGGACGAUGAUAUUCCGAGAGCCAAACGAAGGGCGGCUGAAAAGGCUGCCGGUACCGAGAUAGAAGACACAGAAAUGAUUGAGUCCAUCGAAAAUUUGGAAGAUACCAAAGGACAUAGCAUCAAGGAAUGGGUCUCUAUGUUAGGUCCACGCACGGAAAUUGCGAAUCGAUUCAAUAGUUUCCUGAGAACAUUCGUUGAUGGCAAGGGGCAAUACGUUUAUCGGGAUAGAAUUCGUCGAAUGUGUGAGCAGAACAAGUCCAGCUUCGUGGUAUCUUACACGGAUUUAGCGAACAAUCAACACGUUCUUGCUUACUUCUUGCCCGAAGCUCCAUUCCAAAUGCUCGAAAUCAUGGAUAAAAUAUCGAAAGAGAUGGUUCUCAGCAUUUAUCCUACAUACGAACGUGUUACAAACGAGGUACAUGUUCGCAUAUCAGAUCUGCCUUUGGUGGAGGAAUUGCGUACAUUCAGAAAGCUUCAUCUCAAUCAGUUGGUCCGAACUCUCGGGGUGGUGACUGCUACAACUGGUGUUCUGCCACAAUUGUCCGUAAUUAAAUACGAUUGUGUCAAAUGUGGCUAUAUUUUGGGCCCAUUUGUGCAGAGUCAAAACACUGAGGUUAAACCUGGAUCAUGUCCCGAGUGUCAAAGUUCAGGUCCGUUCUCAAUCAAUAUGGAGCAAACAUUGUAUCGUAAUUAUCAAAAAAUAACAGUACAAGAAUCACCCGGUAGGAUUCCGGCUGGCAGAAUUCCUCGAAGCAAAGACUGUAUUCUAUUGGCUGAUCUUUGCGAUCAAUGCAAACCGGGUGAUGAAAUAGAAGUUACUGGAAUUUAUACGAACAACUACGACGGUUCGUUGAAUACCGAACAAGGGUUCCCGGUGUUUGCUACGGUACUGAUUGCGAACUAUAUGGUGGUGAAAGACAGCAAACAAGUGGUCGCUUCACUUACCGAUGAAGAUAUUUCUACAAUCCAAAAAUUAAGCAAGGAUCCACGUAUCAGUGAACGGAUUAUUCAGAGCAUGGCGCCAUCGAUUUAUGGCCACGAUUAUAUCAAACGAAGCUUAGCUUUGUCUCUUUUUGGUGGAGAAGCUAAAAAUCACGGCGAAAAACAUAAACUACGCGGUGAUAUCAAUAUUUUAUUGUGUGGUGACCCUGGAACCGCUAAAUCACAAUUUCUUAAAUAUACGGAGAAAAUUGCGCCACGCGCUGUUUUCACCACCGGACAGGGCGCUUCGGCCGUUGGUUUGACAGCGUAUGUUAGGCGCAAUCCAACAACACGCGAAUGGACAUUGGAAGCGGGAGCACUUGUUCUGGCUGAUCAGGGCAUUUGUUUGAUUGACGAAUUCGACAAAAUGAACGACCAGGAUCGAACAUCUAUCCACGAAGCAAUGGAACAGCAAUCGAUUUCCAUUUCUAAAGCUGGUAUCAUCACAUCAUUGCAAGCUCGGUGCGCAGUAAUUGCCGCAGCCAAUCCGAUUGGUGGCCGCUACGAUCCCAGUAUGACGUUCUCGGAAAAUGUGAAUUUAUCCGAACCAAUUUUGUCCCGUUUUGAUAUUCUCUGUGUGGUGAAGGAUGAAUUCGAUCCGAUGCAAGAUCAGUUGCUCGCACGAUUCGUUGUGGGUUCACACAUAAAACAUCAUCCGACAAUGAUCGAAACAAUACCGGAAUCACAACCCAUUGAUAGCUUGCAGAUACCACAGAAUCUACUUAAAAAAUACAUUGUUUACUCCAAAGAGAAUGUGCACCCAAAACUCACGAAUAUGGACCAGGAGAAAAUCGCCAGAAUGUACUCGCAACUGCGACAGGAAUCACUCUCAACCGGAUCUUUGCCGAUUACAGUGCGUCACAUCGAGAGCGUUAUUCGGAUGUCCGAAGCGCACGCUCGGAUGCACCUGCGGGACACUGUUCAGGAUGUGGACGUUAAUAUGGCCAUUCGGAUGAUGUUGGAGAGCUUUAUCGAGGCGCAAAAGUUCAGCGUUAUGAAGAAGAUGCGCGCUACAUUCCAGAAGUAUUUGUCCUUCCAGAAGGACCACUCGGAGCUGCUGUUCUUCAUUCUUCGUCAACUGACACUGGAUCAGUUGGCUUACUUGCGGUGCAAGAAUGGGCCUCGGGCUACCCAUGUGGAAGUGAUGGAGAAGGAUUUGUCCGAGCGUGCGAAAGCCAUCGAUAUUCAUAAUUUAAAGCCAUUUUACGACAGCGAAAUGUUCAAGAAAAACGGCUUCUCGUACGACCCUAAAAGAAAAACGAUUUUGCAAAUUGUUCCAGAAGCUGCCGAAGCAUAAUAUACUCAUUUUCGUAUGGAUACUGUUUCGCUUCACCACGAUGUACAAUCUUAUAUUUUACAUUUACAUAAUCAAUAAAGUUAAUUGUUCUACAAUUUGUUAUUUA